UUGUCGCCCUGCACUUAAGCUCUCUCUGGCUCGUCGGUAGUUGAGUUGAUGCCUCGAGGAAAGGGUCUCGGCUCACAUCUCAUCACUGUCAUCUCAUUCUCACCCUGAUGGAUGGCAUCCUCGCCUCGUCAUCCACAGGUUUAUUCGCGUGGCUGGCGCAGCAUGCCAGAGUGGCAUGGCAUAAUAGCCACAAUCUCAUAGCAGAUACAUACGUAUUGGGGAUCGCUUGAUUAUUGAGUACAGCACUGAUGGCUCUCGCCCUACUCUUCCAGACUAUUACCCGCAGCCAGCCCUCUCGUAUUCAUCAGCCAUAUUGAUCGUUCCAUUGGUCUUGCCGCCUCCGAUGACCGAUCCGCACAUCUGCCUCGGCGUCUAAACGAGCUGCGCCUUACGAGACACAUGUAUGGUGUCUGCGAAAAGCAUGCGAGAGCAUGCGCUAUGGCUGCAGCGGAAGAGCAUCCAUCGACCAGACACAACUCCUUCUGGUUGUGAUGCCCUCUCGCUGCUGGUGUUGGUGCUGCUGCUGCGCUCGAACUGGUUGAACGACAUGUAUGCACACAUGCCCCAAUCCUCAUUCCCCCUCCCUGGGCUCAGCUCUCAUCCGCUCAUCGCACACCGUCCACACCAGAUGAACCUACAUAGCUCUCCGUCGGCACAGAACCGCUGCCAAGAAGCCCCGCGUCCGCCGCCGGUGGUCACAAUCGCUUGGUGCCCGCGACGAACCAUUUGGCGCCGCCAACGUGGCCGUAAAAAGGAAACUCAUCGCUUCUCGAUUCGGUACUCUGUGCUCGGGCGCGCCAUCCGACCAACGUCAGCGAUGUGAGGUGCUUCCUCCUGCUCCCAGGUACUACGAGUGACAUCCAUCGUGCCUGAAGUGCUCUCCAGCGUCCGCUCCUGGGGAUGCAGUAGACGGUACAGUUCUGAGAGGAUCAUGUUAUCCCUGGUCUGGGCGACCUAAAGUCAUGUGCUCUAUGCGCUGCUGAUGGACAUGUCACUCCAAUUAAGCAACGUGUUUAAGCAUCGUGUUUCUCGCUAGGCAGCUGUCGCACCAAUCGACGGGUACACACGCGCGCAUCAGCAUUAGACUCCUUUUCAGCCAAG